AUAUGAGAGCGUGCAGCUUCAGUCUUAUCCAUAAACUUGCAUCCUUCACAAGACAUCUUUUGAAGAAGGCAUUUUUUGCUACCUGCUUUGUCAGAUCCUUGUUAAGAGCAAGAUCAUGUCAUACCUGGCAAAUGUUGUUGAAGUCGGCGGGAAAGGAGGAGAGGCUUUCCAUUUUGAUGGCACUGAAAAUGGAUCCCUGUUGAAAAGGAUCAGUGUUUGGGUCAAUGAAACUACGGUGAAAGCUGUGACAGUGUGGCUUGCUGAUGACCAGUCCAAACAGUAUGGUAGGCCUGAUGGUGAUCUGAAAGAGUUUACAUUUGAAGAUGGAGAGCAUCUCACCUCCCUUUCACUUUGGCCAAAUCAAGAUGGAAAUCGUCUGGGUGCCAUCAAAUUCAAGACAAACCUCACCCGGGAGUUCCAUGUAAGCGUGACAAAUGGCAGGCUGUAUCCAGAAGUUCCAGUUGAUGUUGCUUCUGGGAUCUGCAUAGGAAUCAAAGGACGCUCAGGUUGGGAUAUUGAUCGCUUCGGCUUCAUAUUCAUUAAUACCAUCAAAUCUGCUGAGCUUACCAAUGUUGAGUAUCCCAACAUUCAUGAAGUGAUCCCCAAGGUAAAAGAAAUUGACAUCAAAUCCAUGUCCUACCAGAACAACACUAAUACAACUCAACAAUACCAAAUUGAGGCCUCCGAAAAAAUCACCCCAACAUCCUCCUGGUCUGUGACCGACCAACUGGAAAUCACAUUCUGCCUGAAAGUGAAGGCAGGAAUUCCACUGCUUGUGGAGAGCUCAUCAGGAUAUGAAUUAAAAGUUGGUGAUAUAGGUACAUAUGCUUCGGUGACCACUGAAGAAAAAAUGGAGUUCUUCCCAUUUUCUUUUAAAGUUCCUCCAGGUAAAACCAUGGAUGCGCGCACUGUAAUUGGUGAAGCUAACGUCAAUCUCCCAUUCACUGGCAUCAUCAAGAUCACCUGCUGUAAUGACAGAGUGCUGGAGUUUGGAACCAGUGGAACCUACAAGGGUGUCUCUUUCUCUGAUGGAAAAGUGGUUGUGAAUGAAUCAACCAAAACUCUUGGUGUAGCUUAGAGUUAAUUUCUCAAAAUGAAAAAUGUUUGUAUUUGCUGUUAACUUGGUUUAAUUGAUUUUAUUUUUAAUUAUUAGCUUGUCAUAAUGAUACAUACAGAUACAUACAGCAAUGAUUCCUACAGUUUAUUCUGAUAGUCCAGUGAUGCAAGACUAACCAAGAUUUUCUAUUAAUAAAAAAUUAUUUACAAAACAUUCUGAGUAAUUAACAAAACAUAUCACUUGAUUAUUUUUAGAUCUAGUUUGACUGUAGCUUCAUGUAAUAAUUGUAUUCAAUUUUCUUUUUACAUAUUCAGAAGAUUAUAAUCUAUUAUGAUUUCUAUCAAU